AUGCUCCUUAAAUUGUUAUCCAAGUUAUCUGUCCCGACACUUCACUUCCAAUCUCGUCCUAUAUUAACGCCACCGAAUAAGUUUACAACACUAUAUCCAACCUUAUCACCGGAAGCAGCUUCAAGAACUGCAAAUCGUUUUAGCGUGAUGUCGUUUGCUUCUACAGUUGAAGCAGAAAUUAAUUCCUGGUCGUCAUCUCCUAAUGAACCUUCUACCCCUGUAAAUGAAAUUGAGGAAAUUAUACCCUUAAUAUCUAUAAAUGUCGAGCAAGAAAUUCAUAGAGUUGCUUAUAAAACGUUACAACAAUGUAUUGAUCUAUUAAGAAAUUUACAUAGUGAUGAUAGUUAUGUUUUUGAAAGUAAAUUUAUCCCUAACAGUACUAUUGGGAAACACGUAAGACAUUUAUAUGAACAUUUCCAGUUACUACUCGAGUCCAAGCCAUUGAAAGCGAGAAGAUUCGUAUCAGAACAACUGGAUCAUGAUGAUUAUCAUUAUGAUGAACCGAAAGGAGUUAACACAAAGCUUUGGGCUGUAGAUUACGAUGAUAGGUCAAGAGAUAUCCCAGUAGAAACAUUACGGCUAACAGCCAUAAAACAACUCGAACGUUUACAAGAUACAAUCUUAAAUGAUAGCAUUUUGAUACCUCUUAAUACUCCAAUUCAAAUUAAUGCCACGGUUGAUUCCGAAAUGUUAAUGGAUCCAAUCCCAUUACAAUCUACUUAUGGUAGAGAAUUAUGGUUUUGUUGUCACCACGCGAUUCAUCACUUCGCCUUGAUUAGAGUGAUUUGUACAGAACAAAACAUUGUAGUUCCUGAAGAUUUUGGUGUCGCUCCUUCCACGCUAAAGAAAAGGUAUGAAUUAGAGCUCGUGGAAAAAGAGUAA